AUGAAUCCUUUUGGUACCAUUGGGUCCGCCCUCCAGGACUCAAUCAUCUCCAACUCAGCUCUCAAGGAGGCAAUUGACAUUGGUAGCUAUCUCACCGAUCGUUCCAAGCGGUUGAAAGAUAUUGCGCUCGAUGACACCCAAAAGCACAAGAUUCGUCGAAUCCUCAACCACUUCCUCAUCCCGACCAUCAGCCCAAAGUUUGUGGAUGAUGAUGACCACGAGUCUCACGAUGAUAAGUGUGUGCCCGAUUCCUGGCUGUCCAACGCCGAGGAAGAAUUGAAGACGCCUGCACGGAUGAUCGACAUCGAUACCAUGAACAUGGUUCCCACAUACAACCUUGGCCUGCAAGACCAGUACUGCAUCGUGUCCCACAGUUGGAAAGGCUCUGAGCUGACCUAUGGGUAUUUCAAUGAAGCAAAAUCCUUCAAGCCCAAGAAAGAUUCUGUGGGCGCAGAGUCACAGCAGCACUCAAAUGACGUGAGCAACACCGUCAACAAGUGCAAGUCCGACAUCGAAGAUUUGGAAAAAAGGAUCAAUGACGCACUUCCUCAUGUCCGCGCCAGAUCUGAUGACCAACGCCCACAGGAUAUUGGCACUCUUCUCCAGUGGUACGCCGACGCUAACGCAGCUGAAUGGUCACUUGGAAACUCCCAGAAGAAGCUUCAUGAUGCAAAGGCAACAGUUGCAAGUGCCGAUAGAGAAGCAGAAUUCUACACUGAUCUGAUGCAGAGCAUCAACAAGCUCAACCGCCAAGACUCUUCUGCGGAUAAAUCUGCUGCCUCGCCACAAGCCUCAGAGACGCCACAAACCCCAGAGAUUACACGGGUGGACUCGGCAAUCCAAACACCCACGAAAGAGUCUCAAGAGAGUUCUAUCUCGUCACAAACCCCAGAGAUGGCGCAGGUAAAAUCAGCAAUCGAGACACUCAAGGAGGAAGCUCGACAGAACUCUGCCUUGGCAGAAGAGAAACACCAGAAGGCCGUGGAAAGCAGAAAUGAGAUUGAGAGCACAAUUGUCUUCUUUGACAAGAACCGCGAAUUAUGCUAUGGCAUCGAAGCGCUGCUCGUGGCCCUGCAACACAUUCGCUCCUCCCGCAAGAUCUUGGAGUCGAUUGCCCAAACCAAAAAGCUGUUUGACAAACACUUUCCCGGAGGUGGAAAGCGGUAUGUGUGGCUUGACACCUGCUGCAUCAACAAGGCAGACAGCUUUGAGUUGAGCGAGUCCCUGUCGUUGAUGGGAGAUUGGUAUGCCAAUGCUGAUCUUUGUCUGGUGCACUUGGACACCCCUCGAGAUGAAAUGUCCUGGAUUGAGGAAUGGAAGUACUGGAAAAAUCCUUCACAUGUUCCAGUACCAUUGAACAUGACCAGCUAUGACCAAAUUGGCUCGGGUGUUGAGGCCGCCGACAAAGCCAAAUAUCAAGUUGAAUGGGCAACACGUGGAUGGACUUUGCAAGAACUCGUCUUGAGCAAGGUUACAUACUAUGUCAAUUCACACUGGCAGAAUUUGCCGCGGCCUAUCGAAGUGUUGGGUCCAUUGUACUUCCUUCGUGCUUUUCUCCCAAGCUAUUUAUCCCACCCCUUCGUGAAAAAGCACAAAGGCGACUCUUUGCAUCGCAUUAACGAACUGAAGAAGCUCCUAUCCCCGGAAUUCAUCAAACCCGGGAUGUCCGAAGAGCAAGAGUUGACCACCAUACUGCAAACUCUGGGCUUUGUAUCACCAAGGAGUCUGAAGGAGACUUUGGCGGAAUGCCAGAUCGGAAAAGCAGUUGUCACAGCUUCCAGGCACAUGACAAAUGUGGUGAAAGAUCUCUUGUCAAAGAAGAACAUGUCCGACAAUUCUUCCUUAUUGGAUCUCACAGAUGAUGAUCAUCUCACCGAGAAGGUUACACUCUUCAAUGACUUGCUCUACGCUUUGGCAGAGCUCACAAGUGAGCAAAUCCUGGACGAUCGACGUUUCAUCGCCGGUUUCAGCAAUGUCAAGAACAUGACCAACUGGAUUGGUGGUUCUCUCGGGGAUUGCUCCGCCAGCACAUCUCUUGUCGCUGCGUCUCAACGUGUGACGACUGUCUCCACAGAUCAAGCAUACUCUUUGAUGGGUAUCCUGGGCGUGAGAUUCGCAGCUUUCCCUGCAGAGGGUCUUCCUAAAGCUCUGGCACGUCUACUGGAUGAAGUUGUUAUUUCCUACAAUGAUGUCUCUGUCUUCAAUUGGACUGGCAAACACCGUGGAAGCCAUCUCCAAGGCAGAUCCUUGUAUCCCACAAGCAUUGAUGCCUUUGUCGAUCCUGCGAACAACCCACUUGUCAAGUCUAAAGCGCAGACCAGCAAGCAUAUCCUGGACCUGUUCCGUGCUCAGCGAGUGCGACAGAGUAAAACCGCAACCGAGAUCAAUAAGAUCCUCACUCAGAUGCUUGCUUCGAGUAAAGAGUUGCCGGAUGAAUGCUCUUUCUUUGAAACACUCAGCAAACUGGCCAUCCAGAUCAGGGAAACGAGCUUCGAGAAAUUGGAAGCCCACAUUGGAAGAUUGGAGGUGAUCGUCAAAGAACUUGACAAAUUCGUGUCGGAGGAAUCGAAAAAGUCCGGCGAUGAGAGCAAAAACGAUUCCGUGUCUGGUAAACCGAACAAACCCACGAGGAUGGAUUCCUUCCCCAAGUCACUGAAAACGCCCAAGAUUGAAGUUCCAAAGUUCUCAUUUGGAAGGAAGAAGGCGAGCGCCCAACCAACUGAAAAGGCCGAGCCGGUCGGGCCUGAAAUUCCUGGCACAUCUGAUACCGGCGAAGCAGAUGCUCAAGAAGCUCAGUAUAAAGAAUUGGACUCAAAGAUUCAAGAUGUUCUCAAGGCUCUCAGUGAUCCGAAGGAACGUGAAGGGGAAGAGAGAACUGACAAAGAGCUUGCUCUGGAUGCACAGCCUGAUGCCAGUACAUCCACCGGCGAGGAACGUCACAGCUCUCCGGUUGAAGAGGGCAAAAGAAUGGUCUGCCCAAACCCCAUCACUGUCGGCAGUGGUGGUAUUCGCGGUGUCUUUGAUAUUCAGCGAAUUAUCGUCACCAUGAUUGAGCCUCAAAUCCUACGUUCCCGUGUACGAUCCGCAGUCAAGGGCCAGAAGAUUGACGGGUGGUGUACCAUCAGCACUGGUCUCUCCGUGACUUUGGUUGCAUUUUCUGUUGAACGUGACAUCUUGGAACAGCAGCUCGAUCUAGCUGAGGUAAUCAACAGUUUCCUCGAGCCUGAAGAGCCCAAGUCCACUAGCUCAGGCUCAGACUCAGGUUCAGGUUCAGGUUCAGGCUCCAGCUCCGGCUCCGGCUCAGCGACAAACCAGCCCAGCCAAAACGACGGUGUCCUAUUCAAGACACCUGAGCAGGCCAAGGUUGCUCGCAUGAUCAACUUUGUCCAAAAGCCGAACCUCGAAGGGAUUGCUGGAGAGUGGGUACUGACUCGCUUCUCCGGUGUUCCUGGGGCCAAAUGGUUCCUGUCGCAGCUGGUCCUCGGUGCUGGAAAUGACUUCUACGGUCAGAGAAUUGCUACAGAUGCUUUUAGCUUUGAGGAUGCUGCUCCUGAACAGGGACUGACUCAGUACUGGCAUCAAUUCACCAUGGAAAAAAAGAAUCGAACUUGUGACACGCUUGGCAUGUAUCUCAAACGCCAGAAAAUGUUCAAAGCCGCUGGAAAUGAGUGGAGACAGGCGCUGAAGAUUGAAGGCAACUCUGAAGAAAGUGAUAAAACAGGCUUUCAGGGUGAGCUGGAGAGCAUAUGGGAUGUCGUGGAGAAUAUCUCUGUUGAAAAGGUGGUCAAUGUGGGCAAACUCUCGGGCUUUGGAAUUAGAGGAAUUGGUGCCGGAAUUUGGGCCAGCCACUUGGAAGAUCGCAUUGAGAAGGGCGCUCUGAAACGUGUUCCUGUCUCUCUGCGAACUCCAGUGCGAGACCUUGAUCAAAACCGAAAGCUGUUGCCUGCUAUGUUCCACGCCGGUCGAGAGAUGCAUAUGUUCUAA